AUGGCUGCCGCUUCCUCGUCCUCGUCCUCGUCAAGAUCCUACGCAUCGUCGUCGUCCUAUAGCCAGCUUCCGCCAUAUGCCCAAAACUUGAUCGGCCCAAUUGACUCCAACUGGACUCCCAACUCGGCUGUAUCAGACCUGACCGACGAGUUCUCAACCCCGCAAGGCCAGCUACGGCCGCUCGAUCUGGGCCCACCGGGCUAUCAAGCAACCAUAGUCUUGUUUGAAGGAACAGCUGAGGAGAGGACCAUUUAUCUGGGUCCGUGGGAGGUGGUCGGUCAUGAUCAUCGCCGCAUUCUCUGGCAAUGCAGUUAUCAGUUGGAGCGGCUAGAACAUUUUUUACCAUCGCCUUCUCCUACAGAAACAUUCCCCCAUACCCUACACUCAAGGCAUCGGCAAUUCUCGGACCCUUGUCAGCUCGAACAAUAUGUCACUUUUCGAGAGCGCCAUCGAAUUAGAUACACCAGCGAAGAUGGCGUUGUGAUCCACGACCAACCAAUCGAGGUCAAGUACGAGUUCACUACCGUCGAGUCCGCAAUUCAUUUUCAAGGCGACCUCAGGAGGAAGGACCUGGUGGACUGUUUUGAUGUCGAUGUCGUCUGGACGGACACGCAGGGGAGAACGGAUACAUUUGGCAACAUCCGAGGUAUCGGCACCGUCCAGAGGCUUAAGCUAUGGUCUGACCGUCAAAACACGUCACACUCACUAACAAUCUUUGCGAACCGAGCUGACAGAAGGUAUAAAGAAUACCAGGUGGAUCAGUUUGAAGAUUAUCGCCGUUUCCUGGAUACAUGGUUGAUGGCACACAGCUCUGACAGCGAAUACCACGGAAUAUCGUAUCCGACUGAUGCUUUCGAGUUGCCAUCUCCUCAGAUCACAGCAGCGAGCUCUUAUCAACUUUCGACAAAUUCUCUCUGGCAAACGGAUCUUCCAACGCUCCCGGAGCCUGCCGAAGAAGACGAUCCUACUCCAUGA